AUGCAGGUUGCGGCGUUGACGGCAGCAGGAGGUGCACACGUCGACCACGAAAAGCCAUAUGCAGAGUUGUGGAUGGGAACACAUCCCAGCGGUCCAGCUAUGCUGGCCGCACACCCUGCUACCAGCCUGCAAGACUGGUUAGAAAAACACUCUCAAGCACUUGGUGCCACUGUCCUGAAAAGAUUUGGGCUCAAGCUACCUUUCUUGUUUAAGGUACUGUCUGUGGAGACAGCGCUGUCUAUACAGUCUCAUCCUGACAAAGAGCUUGCUGAGAAGCUUCAUGCACAGCAACCAGAGAUUUAUAAGGACAACAAUCACAAGCCAGAAAUGGCUCUAGCCAUCACAGAUUUUGAAGCUCUCUGUGGCUUUGUCAGUACCCAGGAGCUGUCAGGGGCCUUGCAGUCCAUUCCUGAACUGACAGCUGUUGUUGGCAAGCAGCACGCAGAUGCUGUUUUGAAAAGCUGCAGCAACAGCAAUGCUGCACAAUCAGCUUUGAAGGACGCUUUCACGACUCUCAUGAAGGCAGAUCCAUCAGCAGUUGCUGAGCAGGUUGAGAUCCUGGAUGAUCGCCUGCAGCAGAAGCAGCUGCAAGAGAAACUGACACCCAAGGAGAAGCUGCAGCUGAUGCUACUACAGACUCAUCCAUGGCUGAGUGGUUGGUUUUUUAGGGAUUACUUUUCAGGUUUAGGGAUGUAUGCGCGGAAAGGGGCGCAAUGGUCUGUGUUUGUUCAGGACCAAAGGAUCAGGGCUUGCAAGGACAACACUGUGCUCGAGUCAGAUUUUGAUGAAGUGCUCGGACAACAUGCAACACAGGACCAAGUCUUCGCAGCAGCUCAAGGCUGUGUGGAUUCUGUCCUUGAAGGCUACAAUGGAUCAGUACUGGCUUACAAGUGCAUAACAAUCAAGUGGACAAUUUGUUGGCCUACUUUUGCUCAUACUGUCAACAGCAAAUUGAUGGCAUGCGCUUUGGGCAACGCAUCCUCUGGGUGA